AUGAAGUUUGAAUGGCUUAACACAACUCAAAUUGCAUUUGGAGAGGACAGUGUCAAUGAACAUAUGAAAGACUUCGUAAAGCCACACACAAAAGUAUUAGUUACAUUUGGUGGUGGAUCAAUCGAUAAGAAUGGUGCACGCGACGAUGUUACAAAAGCACUUAGUGAACUUGAGUGCGAAGUCAGAUGGGAAGGCGGUAUCCCAGCAAAUCCAGAGUUUGACAGACUUGUCGAGAUCGUCAAAGUUGCUCGCGAGUACAAGCCAGACUUACUCCUCGCAGUCGGUGGCGGAAGUGUCGUCGAUGGAACAAAGUUCAUCUCUCUCGCGAUGAACAUCGAAGAUGGAACAGACAUGUGGGACAUGGUCAAAUACUGGAAGCACCCAUCGAAGUCUACACCAAUCGGCACAGUCAUGACAAUACCUGCAACAGGCUCAGAAUGGAACAACGGUGCUGUCAUCUCUCGCAGGUCGACGAAAGAGAAACUUCCUCUCAUCAACAACUUGUUAUACCCAUCUUUCUCAAUCCUCGAUCCUAAGUACACGAUGACACUCCCGAAGAGACAACUCAGGAAUGGUCUCUACGACGCGAUGACACACUGCAUCGACUUAGUCAUAACACCGCACGUCCUCCCAAUGCGGGACAACUUCAUGUACUGCGUCAUGAAGGAGCUCGUCGACAUCAGUGGAGAUGUCAUGAGUGACGACAAGUCAACAAUCGAAGUCAGAGGAAGACUCGUCCAAGCAUGCAGUUUCGCUCUCAACUACGUUCUCCAACUCGGAAAAGUCACAUGCUGCGGAAUCCACGGCAUCGCACACAUGCUCACAGCUAAGUGGGGAAUCGAUCAUGCUUCAACACUCUCAAUCAUCACUCCUUUCUUCUUAGAGUAA